GCGCGCAUGCGUUUUUUACUUGAACAAAAAUAAACGUUUAGCUGGAAAAUUUCAGUGAAAAACCGGGAAAACACAAGAAAAAUAUUAACGGAAAAAUGAGAAAAAUUACCGAAAAACACAACGAUGAUUAUUAAGUGGUUUAGCUCGGCUAUUUCUUAGUUUUUAAGGCAUUAUCGGGAAAAAUAUUUUUUGUAUUUGGCGAGCAAACAUCCGUGAGUGUCGAAGAGAAGAGGAAAGAAGUGUACAAGAAAACAAAAUAGCUGAAUAAGUGAUUCGCGUCGCUCGCGUUUUUUUGAAAUAAUUUUUUUAAUUUUGUGAAGAAUAAUUUGAGAAUAAUUCGAGAAAUGUGAAAAAAAAUUAAAUUUACUGAAAAUAACAAAAAAACAGCUCAAAAAAGGAGCAAAAAAUUGUGAAAAAAAAUAGUGAAAGAUAUUAAGAAAAAAAUACAAUAAAAAAGAAAAAUUGUGAAAAAAAUUAAAAUAAAUUAUUUUGGGAACAAGAGACCCCCAAAAUAACAUUUCGUAUGCAACCAGGACCUUUUUUAACGGAUAUUUUAUAACAACAACAACAACGACAAAAAUACACACAAAAAAUGGCGAAAUACAAACAGUCGGAUACGUUUUGGAUUAAAUUUAUGCUGAUUUUAUGCAUUUUUGGAUUAAUUAACACAGUCGAAGGAUUUUUAUCAUGUUCGCCAUCACCAUGUAGGAAUAAUGGAAAAUGUAUACAAAAGUCACUUGGAGAAUCGUAUUGCAAUUGUACCUCUCGAUUUGUGGGCGAGUUUUGUGAAUACUCGAACCCCUGUCAAUCGGGUCCCGGGCCUCGUUGUCAGAACGGAGGCACCUGCGACGUUACCUUCCGCGAUGGAGUGCCCAGUUUCACGUGUCAGUGUCCCAUUGGCUUCACCGCUAGCUUGUGCGAGAUUCCCGUGAAGAAUGUAUGUGACUCAAGUCCAUGCCAAAACGGGGGCACGUGCAAUUUAAAGAGCUUGGAGAAGUUUACUUGUUCCUGUCCACAAGGUUAUGGAGGCCAAUAUUGUGAGAAACAAAAUCUGUGCGCUUCAUCGCCAUGUCGCAAUGGAGCCACGUGCGAAUCCAUGCCAAAGGGCAACUUCAAAUGUCACUGCCCCGAUGGCUUCAAAGGAGCAACUUGCAGCGAGGAUAUCGACGAAUGCAAGAAAAAUCCUUGCAAAAAUGCCGGAAAUUGCGUCAAUACCCAUGGAUCGUACCAAUGUCUCUGCAAGCCCGGGUAUGCUGGAAAGAAUUGUGAGUCGCGAUAUGUGCCAUGUUCUCCAUCGCCAUGCCAAAAUGGAGGAUCAUGCCGACAAUCCAGUGACUUUUCAUAUGAAUGCAAAUGUCCGCCAGGCUUUGAAGGCAACAACUGCGAAAAGAACAUUGACGACUGUCCCGGGCAUCUCUGCCAAAACGGCGGAACUUGCGUGGAUGCCGUUAACGCUUACAACUGUCGCUGCCCCCCAAAUUUCACGGGACAAUUUUGCGAAAAUGACGUUGAUGAAUGCGCUUUAAAACCUUCAAUUUGUCAGAACGGUGCGACAUGUACGAACACACACGGUAGCUACUCCUGCAUUUGCGUGAAUGGUUGGACAGGUCCCGAUUGCAAUGAAAACAUUGACGAUUGCGCAAAUGCCGCUUGUUUCAAUGGCGCAACGUGCAUCGAUGGCGUCGGCAGUUUCCGUUGCGAUUGCACGCCCGGCAAAACGGGUCUUUUGUGUCACUUGGAUGACGCUUGCACCUCAAAUCCUUGCCAUGCGGAUGCCAUUUGCGACACAAGUCCGAUUAAUGGGUCGUUCACGUGUUCUUGCGCCACGGGCUAUAAAGGCUCCGAUUGUUCCGAGGACAUUAACGAGUGCGAACAAGGAUCGCCUUGCGAGCACAACGGAAUUUGCGUCAAUACCCCAGGCUCCUUUGUUUGCAAUUGCACUCAAGGCUUCAGUGGACCACGUUGCGAAACGAAUGUGAAUGAAUGCGAAUCGCAUCCCUGCCAAAAUGAUGGAAGUUGUCUCGAUGACCCCGGAACCUUUAGAUGUGUCUGUAUGCCAGGAUUCACCGGAACCCAAUGCGAAAUCGACAUCGACGAAUGCAGCACAAAUCCCUGUCUCAAUGGCGGCGUUUGUCGCGACAUGAUCAAUUCCUUCAAAUGUUCCUGCCAACCGGGCUUCGAAGGGAAUCGUUGUCAGAUCAACAUUGACGAUUGCAAGUCUCAACCUUGCCAACACGGCGGAAUUUGUCAUGAUUUAAUCGCCGCUUACUCCUGCGAAUGUCCUCCUGGUUACACGGGACUCAGUUGCGAGAACAACAUUGACGACUGCGCUUCAAAUCCUUGCCAUCGUGGCGACUGCAUCGACGGCGAGAACAGCUUCACGUGCGUUUGCAAUCCCGGCUAUACCGGAAAUUUGUGUCAAACCCAAAUUAACGAAUGCGAAUCGAAUCCCUGCCAGUACGGAGGUUAUUGCGAAGACUUGAUCGACGGAUAUCGUUGUCGUUGUUCGCCGGGCACUUCAGGUAUCAAUUGCGAAGUGAAUGUAAACGAAUGUCACAGCAACCCAUGUCGUAAUGGAGCUUCGUGCAUCGAUGGCAUCAAUAAAUACACGUGUAAAUGUGUCCCGGGCUACACUGGAUUGCAUUGCGAAACGGAUAUAAAUGAAUGCGCGUCAGAUCCUUGUGCAAAUGGCGGAGUUUGUAUCGAUAUGGUCAACAGUUUCCGAUGCGAAUGUCCUCGUGGAUACUAUGACGCGCGUUGUUUAAGUGACGUUGACGAAUGCGCUUCAAAUCCGUGCAUCAAUGGCGGGCGCUGCGAAGAUGGCGUGAACCAAUUCAUUUGUCAUUGUCCUCCGGGAUAUGGCGGGAAACGAUGCGAAGUUGAUAUCGACGAAUGCGCAAGUAAUCCAUGCCAACAUGGCGGCUUGUGUACAGACAAACACAACUCGUACACGUGCAAAUGCAUGCCCGGCUAUACAGGAACAAAUUGCGAGAUCAAUAUUGACGAUUGUGCUUCGAACCCAUGUCGCAAUCGAGGAUCGUGCAUCGAUCAAGUGAACGGAUACAAAUGCGUUUGUCGAGUUCCCUAUACUGGACGCGAUUGUGACACCAAAAUGGAUCCUUGUCUCCCUAAUAGAUGCAGAAAUGGCGCGAAAUGUACUCCCAGCCCGAAUUAUUUGGAUUUUUCAUGCAGUUGUAAUCUGGGAUUCACAGGAAGGUUAUGCGACGAAGAUAUUGACGAGUGUGCGAUCUCGAGCCCAUGUCGCAAUGGAGCUACUUGCAAAAACACGAAUGGAUCGUAUCAAUGUAUUUGCGCGAAAGGUUAUGAAGGAAGAGAUUGCACCAUUAAUACUGACGACUGUGCCUCGUAUCCGUGUCAAAAUGGCGGAAGUUGCUUGGAUGGCAUCGGAGAUUACACGUGUUUGUGUGUCGAUGGCUUUGAAGGGAACAAUUGUCAAACUGACAUUAACGAGUGUUUGUCAAACCCCUGUCAAAAUGGCGCCACGUGCAAUCAGUAUGUCAAUAGUUACACUUGUACUUGUCCUCUGGGCUUCUCUGGCAUGAAUUGUCAAACAAAUGAUGAGGAUUGCACCGAAAGUAGUUGUAUGAAUGGCGGCACGUGUAUCGAUGGCAUCAAUAGCUACAAUUGCAGUUGUCGUCCCGGCUAUACUGGGCUUAACUGUCAAUACAAAAUCAACAAAUGCGAUUCAAGUCCGUGUAAAAAUGGCGCUACUUGUCACGAUUUGGGACAAGAUUACAGUUGUCACUGUUCCUAUGGCUACACGGGCAAAAAUUGCGACGAAUAUAUCGAUUGGUGCGGGCAGAAACCUUGCGAAAAUGGCGCGAAAUGCGAACAAAACGCUAAUACGUACAAAUGUUUCUGUAAACACGGAUGGACUGGAAAAUUAUGCGAUGUCGAGAUGGUUUCCUGUAAAGAUGCUGCCGGAAGAAAAGAUGUUCCCUUGAGUGCUUUGUGUCACAAUGGUACUUGUGAGGAUUUCGGUAACUCCCAUAGAUGUCGUUGUCGUCAAGGGUAUUCUGGGUCGUAUUGCCAACAAGAAAUCAACGAAUGUGAAAGUACGCCAUGUCAAAAUGGCGGCACAUGUGUCGACAAAAUUGGAUUUUAUCAAUGUGUUUGCCCCGAAGGCUUCCAAGGACAAAAUUGCGAACUCAAUAUUGACGAUUGCAAACCGAACCCAUGUCAAAAUGGCGGAACGUGUCACGAUUUAGUCAAUCAAUUCAUGUGUUCUUGUCCUCCGGGCACGCUGGGAAUCAUUUGCGAAAUCAACGUAGACGAUUGCGUGCAGGGCGCUUGUCAUAACAAUGGAACGUGUGUCGAUCGCGUUGGCGGAUUCGAAUGUCGAUGUCCUCCUGGUUUUGUUGGAUCACGAUGCGAAGGUGACAUUAAUGAGUGUUUGUCAAACCCAUGUUCGAAUCCGGGAACAUUGGAUUGUGUUCAACUCGUGAAUAAUUAUCAUUGUAAUUGUAAACCUGGGCAUAUGGGACGUCAUUGCGAAAUAAAAGUCGAUUAUUGUGCCUCGAGUCCCUGUCAAAAUGGAGGGAUUUGUAGUACGAAACAGGAAGGACAUCAUUGUUUGUGUCAAGAUGGAUUUUAUGGAAAAAAUUGCGAGUUUAGUGGACAUGAUUGCGAUUCGAAGCCAUGUGCUGCGGGAACUUGCGAAGCUGCCGAUGAGGGAGGAUAUUAUUGUGUUUGUCCCGUUGGAACGAGCGGAAUCAAUUGUGAGAUUGAUACUUUUGACGAAUGUAUUUCGAGUCCCUGCAAGAGAGGAGCGUUCUGCGAAAACAAACUUGGCGACUUCGAGUGCUACUGUCCCCCUCGAUGGGCUGGCAAGACAUGCGACGUUUACGACCCAAGCUACAAAGGAUGGACCGACUCCAAAAAUGGCCACAAAUCAAAAACUCCCUACGAAAUAUUCGAAAUUGAACUUGAAUACCAACGUGAUCAAUGCAAAAAGAAGGGUUGCCAACAAAAGGCGAACAAUAUGCGAUGCGACGAAGAAUGCAACACCUUCGCAUGCGACUUUGAUGGCGGCGAUUGUUCUUUGGGCAUCAAUCCGUGGCGCAAUUGCUCCGCGACAAUCAAUUGUUGGGAAGUUUUCGGCGAUGGCACGUGCAACGAAGAGUGUAACAACCCGGCGUGUCUCUUCGAUGGUCGCGAUUGCGAACAAAAAGUCGCUCCGUGCAAUCCGCUCUUCGAUAGUUACUGCAAGAAACAUUACGCAAACGGAUUUUGCGACUACGGAUGUAACAAUGCCGGAUGCAAUUGGGACGGUUUGGAUUGCGAAACGUCAAAGGAACCCCCGAAGACAGCAUCUGGCAUGUUAUCUGUCGUAUUGAUUAUGGAUUUGAUGGAAUUCCGUAACGUAAAGUUGCAAUUUUUACGUGACUUGGGCAUGCAAUUGCGAACGACGGUUCGUGUGAAGCAAGACAAAAAUGGGCAUGAUAUGAUUUUCCCGUGGAAAGGCAACGCUAUGGCUCCGAAUUACGAAACGCUUCAACGAAAAUACAACAUGGCGUUCAGCGAGAGCAUCGGACAAACCGGAAUUCAAGUUUAUCUCGAAAUUGACAACUCGCGAUGCUUGUUAAUGGAGAAUGCCGAAUGUUUCGAAGAUGUUAAUGUCGCUGCCGAGUAUUUGGCAGCUACGGCUUCGAAACAUUCGAUCUCCCACAACUUCCCGAUAUUCCAAGUGAGAGGUGUUUUGACGCCUGACGAUGAUCCCAGUGCGCAAGGCAACGCGAAAUACGUUUGGCUCGGCGUCAUUAUCAUCAUUAUCGUUUGUUCGAUCUUUGGGGUGUUGAUUCAAACGCAACGAAAACGCGCUCAUGGCGUCACUUGGUUCCCCGAAGGCUUCUUUACGUCAGCUGGCACAAAUCGCGGACCUAACCGACGACGUGCUGACGGACAAGAAAUGCGAAAUUUCGACAAAACUGGCUCUUUGGCAUGUAUCGAUCCGGAUAUGAACUCUGGGCAUAUGGGACAUUCGCAACAAUGGUCUGACGAUGAAUCGGAAAUGCCGCAACCGAAGCGAAUUCGAACUGUGGAUCAUGGAUAUUCGAGCGAUCACACGGGAAUUACGGAUUAUGAAGAAGCGGAGCCGAGGGUUUGGAGUCAAUCGCAUUUGGAUGUUGCUGAUAUCAGAUUGCCGCAAGCGAUGAUGACGCCGCCCACGCAUCAAGAUGGAAAAAUUGAUGUUUCAGCAAGAGGUCCGGGUGGUAUGACGCCGUUGAUGGUAGCUGCAGUACGUGGCGGAGGCAUUGACACGGGCGAAGAUGUAGAAUUGACGGAAGAUCGUACAGCGGAAAUUAUUUCGGAACUUGUGGCACAAGGAGCGGAAUUGAAUGCGACAAUGGAUAAAACUGGAGAAACUUCUUUACAUUUAGCAGCGAGAUAUGCUCGAGCUGAUGCCGCAAAACGUCUUUUGGAUGCCGGCGCAGAUGCAAAUUGUCAAGAUAAUACGGGACGAACCCCGUUACAUGCUGCGGUAGCUGCCGAUGCGAUGGGAGUUUUCCAAAUUUUGUUGAGAAAUCGUGCGACGAACCUAAAUGCUCGAAUGCACGACGGAACAACUCCUUUAAUUCUCGCCGCUCGUUUGGCAAUCGAAGGUAUGGUUGAAGACUUGAUCAAUGCCGAUGCGGAUAUCAAUGCUGCCGAUAAUGCGGGCAAAACAGCUCUUCACUGGGCUGCUGCUGUAAAUAACACGGAAGCCGUAAACGUUCUCUUGAUCUCCGGCGCAAAUCGUGAUGCGCAAGACGACAAAGACGAAACCCCAUUGUUCCUCGCUGCGCGUGAAGGUUCCUUCGAGGCUGCCAAAACGCUCCUAGACAAUUUCGCCAAUCGCGAAAUCACCGAUCACAUGGAUCGCCUACCGCUAGAUGUCGCCUCGGAGCGUUUGCAUCACGACAUUGUGCGUCUCCUGAAUGAACAUGUUCCUAGAUCGCCGCAAAUAAUGACGGUUAUGCCAAAUUCACAGAUAAUUGGGUCGCCAACGCAUGCGCAACACACCAUGAUAACGCAUCCAACGGUGAUCACGACGAAACAAACGAAGGCGAAGAAGAGGCAAAAGACGGCGGCAACGGGUGCGGGAAAUCCCACGAGUCCCGAUGCGAACGACGGCAAUUUGAGACGGAAGCAAAGUGUGAAGCAGCAAAAGAGUAGCGCGAAAAAUAACAAUAAUAAUGGGCAGCAUGGGACAAAAAACGGGCAGAAUAUCUUGUCGCCGCAGGAAAUGCAAUUUAGUGAGGAGGCACUCAAUUCCGUGGAAUCGAAUCUCAUUAAUAUCCCGAGUCCCUACGAUUCGGCGAGCAUGUACUCGAACGCGAUAGCGACAAGUCAGCAUCACCUCGAAAUUGUCGGAACAAAAAAGCCGCCAAGUUAUGAAGAUUGUAUCAAGAGUGCUCAAUCAAUUCAAUCCCUUCACAACAUCGACAACUACGGAUACUCGCUCGGUCAGUAUCAGGAUAUGAUGAUGCCACAAAGAGGAGGCCCACACAGCGUUCAUACAAUAGGCGAUCAAGGACUCAGUCCUCCCUAUUCCAACUCCCAAUCACCACCGCAUUCUGUACAAAGUAAUUUAGCGUUAUCACCUCAGGGGUAUAUCGGUUCCCCAUCUCCUGCAAAGGCACGCCCAAGUCUUCCUACAUCGCCGACACACAUCCAAGCGAUGCGUUAUGCCACGCAGCAAAAGCACGGUCAAAGUGCCCUAAAUUCCAUCGGAUCGACGAAUGGCAUGAGUAGCGUAAAUAGCUCAGCAGCGAAUUCGCCUGCAAUGAUGAACACAUUGUCACCAAUGAGCUUGCAACAGCAACAGCAGCAACAACAAAUGCAGCAGCAGCAAGCUGGUAGCUCGUCUCUCAAUAGUCCACUGCUGAAUAACAUGCAACAGAUGGGCUUUGAAUAUAACGCCAAUGGACUUGAACUUGCUGGAUUUUGUAGUCCGUCAGGUCAAUCUACCAGUAGCAACAGUUGCAAUCCGGGCAGCAAUCAAACUGCCUCUACAUCCGCUGGAUCUCCCGCUGGCAUGAACAUGGUGUCUCCCAUGUCACAGCAACAGCAGCAGCAGCAACAAAAUAAUCAACAACAGCAGCAACAGCAAAACUUUUAUCAAUAUCUCACGCCGCCAAGUCAGCACUCGACGGGCGGAGUAACGCCGCAACAUCUCACACAAACGCUCGACAGUUAUCCAACGCCGUCACCCGAAUCUCCCGGGCAUUGGUCCUCAUCGAGUCCGCAUUCCACAUCCGAUUGGAGCGAGGUUCAGUCUCCCGCGAACAACAUCUACCAUCAAGCCAAUCAGGGAUCGGAAGCCAUUUACAUUUAAAAACUUUUUGAAAAA